CACCUUCAUAACCUCAGAGUUGAAUGAAAGCGUCACCCUCACGCAAGGCUAAGAAGGGUGAAACAUGGCGCUCUUUGCUUUUGUAGCACUUGCUUUGACCUCACUUGCCUUUAGCGAGAUCAGUGCAACCUCAAAUACUACCCUAAAAUCUUCAGACGGCGCCUAUAAACUGCAAUGGAGAUACAACAACAGCCAGUUGAUUUUCACUCUCACUUGUGAAACAACCGGUUAUUGCGCGGUGGCGUUUAGUGAAACAGCCGAUGGCAAAAACAUGGUUAGAUAUGAUAUAGCCGUGACAGGAUAUGCCUCUGGCGCUGGAUAUGUAGAUGAUUACUGGAGCCAAGGGCCGGGACCGCCAACGAAAGAUGUAGCACAAAAUUACAAACUCAUAUCAGCCUCUGAGGUUGGUGGGAAGACUACCGUGGAGUUUUACAGGGAUGCUGAGACGGGAGAUGUCAAAGAUGUCCAAUUUAAGAAUACUACUGAAGUUAAAGUAAUAUUUGCCUCGAAGGCCAACAGUGAUGCAAACAAUAAUCGCUUGUCAAAACACGAUAAGACCAAAAUAUUGGAUGGGAAGUAUAACUUGAUUUCUUUAGCGAUGGAACUUCCGCCGUUGCCAUCAACAACAACCAUACAACCAUCGGUAACAACGAUGCCGACAAAAGAAUCGGUGGCUCCCACGACUCCAAUGGCUCCUCCAAAAUAUGCAAGUGUCAUGUCUCCUGACGGCUCAUUCAAACUCGAAUGGACCUACAGUAACAGCAAGCUGAUGUUCAAGAUGACUUGUAAGACAACCGGUUGGUGUGCUGUAGGAUUUACCACAACACCUGAUGGAAGAGGCAUGAAAAACUACGAUAUAGCGGUG